AUGGUGGCCUUACUGCGCUUCAGGCAUCUCAGCACCUGCCUCGUUCGAAGCAAGCGCGGCCUCAUUCGAGUCUUGCUGGGCCUUACGGCCCCGUCACUUAGCCUUGGGGCGAGCGUCGCGCUCCACCCCGGCUCCACCGAGCGUGGAGGCCCUCGCCCACUCCAUUCCAAAGGCAUCAAGCCAUUCGAUUGGCGAAGUCGGAGAAUUGAUCUCAGCGUUGGCCCGAGAGAUCGCCGAGAAGUUCAGGCUGCCUACUAUGCACGACGCCGUCCCGUCGGUCGAUGGGCUCAGCACCGACUUGGCGUGGUGGAUGCCAGUAAGGAUCCGAGCGUGGACCCCUCGCCGAAAAGCCUCAACAAGGGCGACAACCACGGGCCUGCUAUCGUUACAACGCAAAUGCCAAAGGCAUCUAGCCGAGCAAUCGGGCAGAGGCGGACAGUGGACACAAUGACCUGUAAGUUGGAGGUACAUGUCUUUUCCGGAUCCAUGAAGCAAAAGGAACGCAAGGGGCUAGCAUCCCACCAUCUUUACAAGGCUUUUGAACUGGGCCCUGAUGAAAUCUUUGCAUCGCUUGGAGGACGUGCAGCAGAUUCAAUUGCUCCUUCGCAGCUGCGGCGGGCCGUGUUUCCGCUCGAGCGGCUGCACCUCUUCGGGGAGGCCUUCAGUGCGGACUACAUGGACCGCGAGUUCAGGGAGCUUUGCUCUAGCUGUGACCGCAGCCAGGAUGGGCGGCUGACCUUCGUCGACGUCCAGACAGCGCAGCACCAGGUUUCCAAGCGACUCGAGGACUUCCGCCGUGCGCUGGAGCAGCGCAAUGCAAACUGGUGGGUGCACGGUGUCCAAACCGUGGGCUCAUCCUUGCAGUCCCUCGGGACAGCUUCCUGGGACUGGGCAAAGUACGCAGCAGAGCUAGAUCCGCAGCAGAAGGUGUCGAUGCUGCACAAGGCCUUGGACAUGACCAAGCAAGCUCAUGCUGGACAGGUUCGAAAAUCUGGUGACCCGUACUGGACACAUCCACUCGCAGUUGCAGACAUUCUUGCACGUGCUUUGCUACCACCGGACUCCACACCACCAGAGCCACGCUGGCAGCUAGAUGGUCCAGGCGCCCUGGAACAGGACGCUCAAAAGCUUUGGCCUCGAGUCGCAGAUGGUCCUGAUGACAUCUUCGCAAUGUACACAGCUGCGCUGCUACACGACACGGUCGAAGACACGAACGUCACACUGGACCAGAUUGAGGAUGCGUUUGGCCCAGUCGUUGCAUCACUGGUGGACGGUGUGACCAAGGCAUCUCAAGCUUCAUGUACGAGAUCGAGAGCGUCGCGAUCUGCUCAGGAUCUGCGCAAGGUGCUGACACGCGCUGCGCAAGACGUUCGAGUACUCGUCAUCAAGUUUGCAGACCGCCUGCACAACAUGCGGACGCUGGCUGAAGAGACCAGAGCGGUGUACGUGCCGCUGGCAGAACGAUUGGGUGUGCACAUUUGGAAGACCGAGUUUGAGGAGCUGUGCUGCCGAUAUCUGAAUGGUUGCGCGUAUGAGGAAGUUCUAGAGCGCAACCGGCGCUCGCAGGUUGCCAGGCAAAGACACCGCCGGUACAUUCAGCAGUACAUCCGAACCAUGAUGGUGGAGAUGACCUCCGAUUCCAUCCUGGAGAUUUGCGUACGCGAGGAGCCACCGCACACACAACUGCGGCGAUGGGCAGACCGUCCAGAAACGGAUACUCCACAGCCAAUCCCACGAGUGCGGAUAGUGACAAAGGAUCGCGACGCUUGUUGGGCUUGUCUCGGGCGGAUCCACUCCAUCCUACCGCCCAUGCCGGGUCGGCUGCGCGACUACAUCUCCUCACCAAAGGAGAAUUUGUAUAUGUGCCUCCACACGACCGUUCUCAUGGAUGGCACUGCAGUUGAGGUCUAUAUUUUGAGCCUGCAGAUGGAGUGGGUCGCCGAGUUUGGUGUCGGUGCAUUUUGGCGCCACAACGAGGACCUGCAGGAAAGUGAAGCCGGUAGGGGCUUCUUGGCGGCCCUGCAUUCAACCUGGAUUUUGCAGGCCAACCAGUCCCUCACACACAGCCUGCACUCGUUGGAGGUGUCCAUGGAGCCAUCGUCAUUACCGACAUCGAAGUCAACUUCAAGCCGUCAAUCGGUCGAGAGCGCUGAGAGCCAACCAAAGUGGAACUUUCAAGACUCGGACGGAACUUCUCCACUGCAAAUGCAAAGCGUGAGCACCAGCAGUGAGCCUCGCAGCUCACUGUUGGACCGCUCACCUCAGCGAUUUGACUUGGAUCGUGGUUCUUUUGACGAGGGCACCCGCGAAGCACUUGUUGAUGAACCUGGUGCUGCUGAGCAAGAAGAUGGACUGUACGCGGUUCAACCACUGCUGCAGCAUAUUUCGAAAGUGGCUUCCGAUUUUGCCGGUGGCACAGGAAACAAAGAACGAGAUGAUGGUGAGGAUGGUGGCGAGCUGCUGGCAGAGUUGCAUCGUGCCUACAGUGAGGCCUUGCGUGAGAAAGUCGCGGUCUUCACUCCAACAGGCCGAGUGCUGUACCUUCCCAGGGAUGCGACCCCACUCGAUUUUGCAGUGUGGAAUCUCGGUGCGAAGAAGGGCCUGCGAGCAGAGGCUGCUUUCAUUGACAGCAGCGAGGCGACGUUAAACACGAGGCUGCGAGAGGGUCAGACCGUCCUCGUGCACUUGCAAGAUGACGAAAAGCUGCUGCCGCCGCUGGAAUGGUCUGGUGUCCAUCUCAGGUAUUUGCGUACAACGCGUGCUCGAGCAGCCCUCGUAGACAUGAGGACUCAGAUGCUGUCAGAGCAGCAGGCAGUGGAAGAAGGACGGGAGGCAAUCCGGAAGGAGCUGGCACUACACAGUCUCGACCUGUCCCUGCGACAGCAGCUCGGAGACGAGGUGCUCGCGGCCGUAGGUCGUGGGGCAUUGCCUGUCGAGUUGAUCAGUGGCCAGCUCCUCGCAGCAAGGCUGCACAUGCCACUAGGCGAUGCCAGCUACGAGU